AUGGCUCUAUUGAGAAUAUCUUUGCUGGCUAUUAGCACUGCGUGCACAUAUGUCUCCGUUACAGCUCCUCAGCCGCAGGUUCAAGCCAUAUCACGUCCCUCAAACGUUGGAAGAUAUGAGAGAUUAUUCUCAGCAACUUCCCGAAUACGUUGUCAGAGCAUGAAGCUGCUCAUAACAGCGGUCUUCAUAAUUGAGCUCUCCGUGGCAGUUGCAAAGGAAUACCCCGAUUCGCCAGGCACAUGGCUGAUAUUGGGUUUGCUUGCUCAAGGUACAGCGACCGCUGCAGACGGGCUUCGCGCCUCUCCUCUGUUCCUAGUUGGCUGCGCCCUCACCGUCGUCAGCACGUUAAUUCGCUUUCGGUGCUACAAGACGCUAAGUCGUUUCUUCACGUACGAAGUCGCUAUAAGGCCUCAGCACCGGCUUAUUACGGACGGCCCGUAUGCAUAUGUACGACAUCCAAGCUAUACGGCAUUGUUGUUCUGCCUCGUCGGGCUCAGCGUGUGCCACGGAAGCAGCGGGUCCUGGAUGAGGGAGUGCAGGAUCCUGGAUACACCAGGCGGAUUAGCUCUGGUUGCCCUCUACGCUGCAUAUGCGCUGCCGGUGACGGUUGCCUUCCUAAGGCGGGCUCCCUUGGAAGAUACUUUGCUGAGAAAGGAGUUCGGCGAGCAAUGGGAGCAGUGGGCUGAGAGAGUACCGUACAGGCUGAUACCAUUCGUAUGGUGA